AUGGCUUCUUCUUCUUCCAACGUGGUGGGCGUCCACUACCGCGUGGGUAAGAAGAUCGGCGAGGGCUCUUUUGGUGUCAUCUUCGAGGGUACCAACCUCCUGAACAACCAGCAAGUUGCUAUUAAAUUCGAACCUCGCAAGAGCGACGCUCCUCAGCUACGCGAUGAGUACCGGACGUACAAGAUUCUUGUUGGAUGCCCUGGUAUUCCCAAUGUGUACUACUUCGGUCAGGAGGGUCUGCACAACAUCCUGGUGAUCGACCUUCUGGGUCCCAGUCUUGAGGACCUUUUCGACCACUGCAACCGUCGCUUCUCUACCAAGACCGUCGUUAUGGUUGCGAAACAGAUGCUGUCCCGCGUCCAAACAAUCCACGAGAAGAAUCUGAUCUACCGCGAUAUUAAGCCGGAUAACUUCCUGAUCGGUCGCCCAUCCACCAAGGCUGCCAAUGUCAUUCACGUUGUUGAUUUCGGAAUGGCCAAGCAGUAUCGCGACCCGAAGACUAAACAGCACAUUCCUUACCGUGAGCGGAAGUCGCUGUCUGGCACAGCUCGAUACAUGAGUAUCAACACUCACUUGGGACGCGAGCAAUCCCGUCGGGAUGACCUGGAAGCUUUGGGUCACGUUUUCAUGUACUUCUUGAGGGGUGGUCUUCCUUGGCAGGGCCUGAAGGCUGCCACCAACAAGCAGAAGUACGAGAAGAUUGGUGAGAAGAAGCAGACCACCGCUAUCAAGGAUCUCUGCGAGGGAUACCCAGAGGAAUUCAACAAGUAUCUGAGCUAUGUUCGCAACCUCGGGUUUGAAGAUACACCCGAUUACGACUACCUGCGCGACAUCUUGACGCAGGCCCUCAAGAAUGCCGGCGAGGUGGAGGAUGGCGAAUAUGAUUGGAUGAAGCUGAACAACGGCCGCGGCUGGGACUACAAGUCCUAUCCCUCUCAGGCGCACCUUCACAACCAGCACCAAACGUCCUCGGGGCGGGACCUGCAGGGCAGUCAGCUCCGCAGCAGCCAACGGCCCGGUGUGACUGCGGACCGUCUCAAUGCGGCGCAGCCCCCUCCCCCAUCCCCGGCCAACAAAGCGGGAGCUGGCAAGCAACGGGAGCGACAGAGCACUUCAGGUGUGCCGCCCAAACGCCAGAGCGGAAACUUGGAUGUCAACACCCCUGCGGCAUCCACACAGGCCCAGUUCCAAAACUCCAAUGCUCACCUUCCUGCUCGCAUGGGAAGUCCCGGUAACCCUGGUAUGAGCGGUCAGCAAGCCGGUGGGCAAGGGAACAGUGACCCGCAGCCCACCUUUGUCCAGAAAAUGAUGAAGGCUCUGUGCUGCGGUAGGUGA